UUUUCAGGCAUGCCGUGGUGAGAAUUUGGAGAAGCCUGUAUUGUACUCAGAUUUUGCACCCAUGUCACGCGAAUUAAAUCUUAUAGCAAUGCCUGCUGAGGAGCAGCCCACAAUCAUAACCUAUGCCAUUCCAAACACAGCUGAUAUGUGUGUCAUGUAUUCGACAUUUGAGAAAUAUUUCUCCUUCCGUAAUGUCGAAAACGGUUCCUGGUUCAUACAAAGUCUGUGCGCUGUCCUAAACGAAGCCAGAACAAAUGAAGCAGCCACAGCACAAGGAGCUGAACUCUUACGUCUGCUCACAGCCGUAAACCGGAAGGUGGCCUACGAGUACCAGUCCUUCGCCAAGAACGAAGCUCUCAACCAAAUGAAGGAAAUGCCCAACUUUCUGUCCACUUUAACGAAACUAUUUUACCUGAAGGUGAAACGUAAAACCUAACGCGGCGAGAAGUGACUCAUGUGAAUUGCCCACAACACACAAAGAAAAAAACAAAAAUUAACAAUUCUUUCGACUUAACUGAAAUUGUUUUGUAUUUAUUAGAGAA